AUGGCUUCCGCAACCAGCAGCACCCCACGCUCCCGCUCUCGAUCCAAGCGGUCCACCACCAACCUCGCCAACCUCCGCCUUGCACCCCUCUCCACCAAGUACGAAGCAGACAGCAAAGGAGAUGGAGUGAACAGUCCUCUCCGAACACCCUACAAUGCUGAUAGUGAAGCUGCCUAUAUUCGACGACAUCCGAGCUACUUGGUUGGACAGUCUGCGCCGACGACUCCAGGGAUCUUGAGUAGGAGUGGUAGUCGGAGCAGAAGACGUUCGCGCGUGGGAGGCGGGUUGAGUAGGAGGGGGAGUUUGUAUGAUCGGGACGAUCACGAUAACGACGACCAGGAGGAGGAUGGGGAGGAAGAGGAGGGGAGAGGAGCGGAUGUUUCUACUGCGUAUGUCACGGGAGGUCCUGUAGUGAUCAGAGAGGCGGAUGAUAAGAGGAGACGUGAGAUUGUUGGAGCAGGACAAAUCCCCAAAGCGAAAAGCGAAGCAGCUCUUUUUUCGAACUCUGCUGCACAGUCGGGUUAUAGACGAUCUUUGCAGCAGCAGCAACAGCAAUCUCGCAGGGAUGGUAGCAGAUAUGGUCAUUAUCAUCAUUCGCGAGGUCGAAGAUCAGGUGCAGCUACACCUACAGCUCAGAAACGGUUGCAUGAUGAUAAUAACAAUGACAGCUGGCUCACACAUGCGGGCGCCAUCACUUCUGCUUUAGUCCGGGAAGAUAAAGGACAGAGUUGGAUUGCCACACGUCAAUCUGCUACAUCAUUGGGAAGAGAGAUUCCGUCAGCCGCGAAUUCUGAGGAUAAUGAUGAUGAUGAAGAUGAUGAGGAAGAAGACAACUACGAAGCUAUGGCGCAGUUGGCUGCUAGUACAGCUGGCAUGAGACACAGUUAUUCUUAUCAUAUGGGCUAUGAUGGUGCCUUGAGUCCGACGAGCGUAAGACAGCAGCCGAUCAGGGCUUGGGGUAGUCGGUAUGGAUCUCGACCUGCAAGUAAUCGGACUAGUAGACUGGCUAGUCCGGUGGGGAUGAGGACGCCAAAGCGGAGGACAUCUGACCAGGGAGGAGGAGGGUAUUUCGAUGUUGUAUCGCCAAUGGCGGAAGAACAACAAUAUCAACAACGACAACAGCAGCGUUCGAGAUCUGAAUUUCACGACGGAGACCACUACGACGAUGAAAACGAAGACGAUGACAGAUCCCUCGUAGGAAAAGAUGGAUUCGGCUUAGGAAAUAUGGUCGAUCGCAUCAUGAAUUUCAACCUCUUUGGUGCUCCCCCUCAUGGAGAGGGAGCUGAGACAACUGAUGAUGAUGAUUAUGAUGACCAUAAUGACAACGACGACGAGCAGAACCGCAUAAAGAGUAGUGUUACUGCUGGCGGUGCAGCUGCUUCUGCUACAACAGCUCACAACGAAACUGCCGAAGAAGCGCACAAGAGAAUGUUCGCGGAGAAGGAAAGACGAAGGGAGGAAAAGAACAAAUUGAUGAAACAACAAGCUGCUGCAGCUGCAGCUGCAGGUGGUGGUGGUUCUACUUCUUUGAGCUCAGAUGGGAAGAAUACUGGUCGAGUGCAAGAUCAAGAUUAUAGUAGUAGUAGUGGUGGUGCGGGUUGGCAGGAUGCGAGUUGGUUGUUGAGCGUGGCUGCUAAGGCUUUGUUUUGAAACAAAAAAGAGAGGGAACAGGGGGGAGGGAAGGAAGGAUUGAGACUAGGACUAUUUUUCUGUGGUUUUUUGAUCUUGAAAAGGGGGAAAAAGGAUUAUGGAUGCAGAAUGU